AUGGCGGCAGAAGAAGCGGCGAGCCCGAGAGGCGGCAGCAGAAGAAGCGGCGAAAACCGAGAGGCGGCAGCAGAAGAAGCGGAGAGUUCGGAGAGAUGGCGGCAGAAGAAGCGGCGAGCACCGAGAGGCGGCAGCAGAAGAACCGGCGAGCACCGAGAGACGGCGGCAGAAGAAGCGGCGAGCACCGAGAGGCGGCAGCAGAAGAAGCGGAGAGCACGGUGUGAUGGCGACAGAGGAAGUGGCGAGUACCGAGAGGCGGCAGCAGAAGAAGCGGCGAACACCGAGAGACGGCGAAGCGGCGAGCACCGAGAGGCGGCAGCAGAAGAAGCGGCGAACACCGAGAGACAGCGGCAGAAGAAGCGGAGAGCACGGAGAGACGGCGGCAGAAGAUGCGGCGAGCACCGAGAGGCGGCAGCAGAAGAAGCGGAGAGCACGGAGAGAUGGCGGCAGAAGAAGCGGCGAGCACCGAGAGGCGGCAGCAGAAGAAGCGGAGAGCACCGAGAGGCGGCAGCAGAAGAAGCGGAGAGCACCGAGAGGCGGCAGCAGAAGAAGCGGAGAGCACGGAGAGACGGCGGCAGAAGAAACGGCGAGUACCGUGAGACGUCUUCAGAGGAAGCGGCGAGCCCGAGAGGCGGUAGCAGAAGAAGCGGCGAGCACAAAGAGACGGUGGCAGAAGAAGCGGCGAGCACCGAGAGACAGCGGCAGAAGAAGCGGAGAGCACGGAGAGACGGCGGCAGAAGAAGCUGCGAGCACCGAGAGGCGGCAGCAGAAGAAGCGGAGAGCACGGAGAGAUGGCGGCAGAAGAAGUGGCGAGCACCGAGAGGCGGCAGCAGAAGAAGCGGCGAACACCGAGAGACGGCGGCAGAAGAAGAGGAGAGCACGGAGAGACGGCGGCAGAAGAAGCGGCAGGCACCGAGAGGAGGGCAGCAGAAGAAGCGGAGAGCACAGAGAGACGGCGGCAGAAGAAGCGGCGAGUACCGAGAGAGGGGGGCAGAAGAAGCAGCGAGUACCGAGAGACGGCGGCAGAAGAAGCGGCGAACACCGAGAGACGGCAGCAGAAGAAGCGGAGAGCACGGAGAGACGGCGGCAGAAGAAGCAGCGAGUACCGAGAGACGGCGGCAGAAGAAGCGGCGAGCACCGAGAGACGGCGGCAGAAGAAGCAGCGGGCACCGAGAGACGGCGGCAGAAGAAGCGGCGAGUACCGAGAGACGGCGGCAGAAGAAGCGGCGAGUACCGAGAGACGGCGGCAGAAGAAGCGGCGAGCCCGAGAGGCGGCAGCAGAAGAAGCGGCGAACACCGAGAGGCAGCAGCAGAAGAAGCGGAGAGCACGGAGAGACGGCAGUAGAAGAAGUGGCAAGCACCGAGAGGCGGCAGCAGAAGAAGCGGAGAGCACGGAGAGACGGCGGCAGAAGAAGUGGCGAGCACCGAGAGUCGGCAGCAGGAAAAGCGGCGAACACCGAGAGACGGCGGCAGAAGAAGCGGCGAGCACCGAGAGGCGGCAGUAGAAGAAGCAGCGAACACCGAGAGGCGGCAGCAGAAGAAGCGGAGAGCACGGAGAGACGGCGGCAGAAGAAGCGGCGAGUACCGAGAGGCGGCAGCAGAAGAAGCGGAGAGCACGGAGAGAUGGCGGCAGAAGAAGCGGCGAGCACCGAGAGGCGGCAGCAGAAGAAGCGGAGAGCACCGAGGGGCGGCAGCAGAAGAAGCGGAGAGCACGGAGAGGCGGCAGCAGAAGAAGCGGAGAGUUCGGAGAGAUGGCGGCAGAAGAAGCGGCGAGCACCGAGAGGCGGCAGCAGAAGAACCGGCGAGCACCGAGAGACGGCGGCAGAAGAAGCGGCGAGCACCGAGAGGCGGCUGCAGAAGAAGCGGAGAGCACGGUGUGAUGGCGACAGAGGAAGUGGCGAGUACCGAGAGGCGGCAGCAGAAGAAGCGGCGAACACCGAGAGACGGCGAACCGGCGAGCACCGAGAGGCGGCAUCAAAAGAAGCGGCGAACACCGAGGGACGGCUGCAGGAGAAGCGGCGAGCACCGAGAGGCGGCAGGAGAAUAAGCGGUGAGCACCGAGAGACGGCGGCAGAAGAAGCGGCGAGCACCGAGAGGCGGCAGCAGAAGAAGCGGCGAACACCGAGAGACAGCGGCAGAAGAAGCGGAGAGCACGGAGAGACGGCGGCAGAAGUUGCGGCGAGCACCGAGAGGCGGCAGCAGAAGAAGCGGAGAGCACGGAGAGAUGGCGGCAGAAGAAGCGGCGAGCACCGAGAGGCGGCAGCAGAAGAAGCGGAGAGCACCGAGAGGCGGCAGCAGAAGAAGCGGAGAGCACGGAGAGACGGCGGCAGAAGAAACGGCGAGUACCGUGAGACGUCGGCAGAGGAAGCGGCGAGCCCGAGAGGCGGUAGCAGAAGAAGCGGCGAGCACAAAGAGACGGUGGCAGAAGAAGCGGCGAGCACCGAGAGACAGCGGCAGAAGAAGCGGAGAGCACGGAGAGACGGCGGCAGAAGAAGCUGCGAGCACCGAGAGGCGGCAGCAGAAGAAGCGGAGAGCACGGAGAGAUGGCGGCAGAAGAAGUGGCGAGCACCGAGAGGCGGCAGCAGAAGAAGCGGCGAACACCGAGAGACGGCGGCAGAAGAAGAGGAGAGCACGGAGAGACGGCGGCAGAAGAAGCGGCAGGCACCGAGAGGAGGGCAGCAGAAGAAGCGGAGAGCACAGAGAGACGGCGGCAGAAGAAGCGGCGAGUACCGAGAGAGGGGGGCAGAAGAAGCAGCGAGUACCGAGAGACGGCGGCAGAAGAAGCGGCGAACACCGAGAGACGGCAGCAGAAGAAGCGGAGAGCACGGAGAGACGGCGGCAGAAGAAGCAGCGAGUACCGAGAGACGGCGGCAGAAGAAGCGGCGAGCACCGAGAGACGGCGGCAGAAGAAGCAGCGAGCACCGAGAGACGGCGGCAGAAGAAGCGGCGAGUACCGAGAGACGGCGGCAGAAGAAGCGGCGAGUACCGAGAGACGGCGGCAGAAGAAGCGGCGAGCCCGAGAGGCGGCAGCAGAAGAAGCGGCGAACACCGAGAGGCAGCAGCAGAAGAAGCGGAGAGCACGGAGAGACGGCGGCAGAAGAAGCGGCGAAUACCGAGAGACGGGGGCAGAAGAAGCGGCGAGUACCGAGAGACGGCGGCAGAAGAAGCGGCGAACACCGAGAGAUGGCAGUAGAAGAAGCGGAGAGCACGGAGAGACGGCGGCAGAAGAAGCGGCGAGUACCGAGAGACGGCGGCAGAAGAAGCGUCGAGCACCGAGAGACGGCGGCAGAAGAAGCAGCGAGCACCGAGAGACGGCGGCAGAAGAAGCGGCGAGCACCGAGAGACGGCGGCACAAGAAGCGGCGAGUACCGAGAGACAGCAGCAGAAGAAGUGGAGAGCACCGAGAGGCGGCAGCAGAAGAAGUGGCGAGCACCGAGAGGUGGCAGCAGAAGAAGCGGAGAGCACAGAGAGACGGCGGCACAAGAAGCGGCGAGUACCGAGAGACGGCGGCAGAAGAAGCGGAGAGCAGCGAGAGACUGCGGCAGAAGAAGGGGCGAGUACCAAGAGGCGGCAGCAGAAGAAGCGGCGAACACCGAGAGACGGCGGCAGAAGAAGCGACGAGCACCGAGAGCCGGCAGCAGAAGAAGCGGAGAGCACGGAGAGACUGCGGCAGAAGAAGCGGCGAGCACCGAGAGACGGCGGCAGAAGAAGCAAAGAGCACGGAGAGACGGCGGCAGAAGAAGCGGCGAGCACCGAGAGGCGGCUGCAGAAGAAGCGGAGGGCACGGAGAGACGGCGGCAGAAGAAGUGGCGAGCAACGAGAGGCGGCAGCAGAAGAAGCGGCGAUCACCGAGUGAUGGCGGCAGAAGAAGCUGAGAGCACGGAGAGACGGCGGCAGAAGAAGCGGCGAGCACCGAGAGACGGCGGCAGAAGAAGCGGCGAGUACCGAGAGGCGGCAGCAGAAGAAGCGGCGAACACCGAGAGACGGCGGCAGGAGAAGCGGCGAGCACUGAGAGGCGGCGGCAGAAGAAGCGGCGACCAGUGA